AUGUCUUACCAACAGCAACAGUGCAAGCAGCCCUGCCAGUGUCCUCCUGUGUGCCCAACUCCCAAGUGUUCUAAGCCUUGUCCUCCAGUGUGCUCUGAGCCUUGUCCUCCCCCAAAGUGCCCAGAGCCCUGUCCUCCCCCAAAGUGCCCAGAGCCCUGUCCUCCUCCAAAGUUCCCUGAACCUUGUUUUGAGCCAUGCCCCGCUCCCUUAUACCAGCAGAAAUGCCCUCCUGUGCAACCUCCUCCACCCUGCCAGCAGCAGUGUCCACCCAAGAGCAAGUGA